UAUGUUUUUUUGUUAUAUAUACUGUAAAAAUACUUUUUUUUAUUACGAAUUCUAACACAUAAAUUUAGUGUUAAAGAUCAAACAUUAGUGACUUUAUUUAAAGUAUCAAAAUUUUGUAUUUAAUUUGGUAAAAGAAAUGAAGAUGAUACACAAUAAAAUAUAUAUUUUAACCAUCAUGGUUUUAAUAUGUACCAAAAAACUCACCAUUGCAAAUGAAGUUGUGUCAGGUCCUUUUUCGAUGGAACAGUUAAUUGCCCAAUUGGGAAAAAACGUAGAAUCAAGAGAUGUAAACUUUUCAGAUGUAAUUUCUAAAAGUGUAUUUAAUUUUGGACAUGAUCUUGUCUCGAAUAUUAUGAAAAUGAAACCAAAUAGCAAAAGUGAAGUGAUUUCACCGGUCAGUAUUGUUUCAUCUUUGAACUUGGUUCUUCUUGGAGCAAAAGGUACUACUUAUGAUGAAAUAUUGUCAACUUUGGGUUAUAAUGAAAGCACAUCUCUCUUUGAAAAUUCAUCUAAAAUACACGAAUCGUUUAGUUCGCUUAUUGAAAACAUAAAUAACCCAUCAACAACCCAAUUUACAUCUGAAAACACUUCUUGGAAGAAUGUUAAUGUAUCGGAAGUAUAUCGCUCUGGUCAAUACAAAAAUGAAUCUGGAAAUUCCAAAACAUCAAUUGUGAAUGGAAUUUUUGUACAAGAAGGUCGUGGAUUGAGAAAUAGUUAUGUGAUGGCAGCUAAAAAUUUAUACAAAUGUGAAACGAAAAAUUUAGAUUUUGCUACAUCUCCUGCUCAAUCAGCUCGAUACAUAAAUGACUGGGUAAAUAAUGAAACUAAAGGACUCGUACGGAACAUUGUUGGAGAAUCAUUAGAUACUGCAACCAAAUUAAUAAUUGUAAAUUCAUUGUACUUUAAAGCAGAUUGGUUCAAAGAAUUUAUUGAUGGGGCGACAGACAUGAAAAACUUUUAUCCAAAUGGAUUGGAAAAUCCUGCAAUCUCUGUUGAAAUGAUGGCAAAUGCUGGACAUUUUCCUUACGGAGAAUCAAGGGACUUAGAUUGCCGUAUUUUGGGACUUCCUUACAAGGAUAAACAAACAACGAUGUACAUAAUCAUUCCGAAUAACUCGAACAAAAGCAAAUUGGAAAAACUCCAAGCUGACCUCAGUUUUGAUAAACUCGAGACUCUGAUCGAUCAAAUGACAGUGAAAACCGCCAUUAUUCUUCUUCCAAAAAUGUCACUGACAAAUCAAUACAAUUUGCGGGAUAUUCUUGAGGGAAUGGGAGUUAAAUCUCUUUUUUCUCCUCGCACGAGUGAUCUUAGUUUAAUAUCAGAACCUGAAAUCAACUAUUCUCAAACUAGACAGACCGAGGGACUAUAUAAUCAAUUGGUUUUUUCCCGCCUUCGUGAUGAAUUGAACGUUUCAAAUAAGAAAAAACGAGAGGUUACAAAUAAUGCAUAUCUAGAAAGUCUUGAGAGACUUCGUCAAAUGGAUUUGUCAAAUCCUGGUUUAUUUGCUAGUGACGUUUUACAUAAAAUUAAGUUGAUAGUAAAUGAGCAAGGAACUGAAGCAGGUGCAGCUACGGCUGUUACCAUAAAUCGGUCAGGACCUCAAGUAUUUUUCAGAGUAGAAGUGCCAUUUUUAGUAGUCAUCAGACAUGAUAGUACUAAGCUACCUUUGUUUUAUGGAAGCGUUUUUGAACCUUCUACUUAAGUUUUUUUUUAUAAAAUAAAAACUACCUGAUUUUUAAUUUUUCACUGUAUCGCUAAUUUACUUUGUUUUUCAUUUUUAUGUAGUUCCACCUAGUUUAAAAUUAAAAU